AUGUCGGACGCCUCGGAUUCGAAAGCUGCCGAGGCAAAGCGCUCUACUGAUCUUGUCAGCUACAAUGAGCACGACCACAAGGGUCAAUCAGACACGCUCAUCCGACAAUUCGGUCUCUUGCCGCUGCUCGGAGUCGGUCUCCUCGGUGCUGGCUACUGGGCUGGUCAGAUCGUGACCAUGACCACCGUCUUGGGCGUUGGAGGACCUCCUGGACUUUUUUGGGGGACCUUCCUGUGCGCAUUCUGCAUCCUUUGCAUCGCAAUCUCGCUCGCCGAGCUUGCGUCUGCCUACCCAACAUCCGGGGGCGUCCUCGACUGGGCUUACGAGGGUUCUUCCAAGUCGAGUCGAAAGUUUGUUGCUUGGACCACUGCCUGGCUCAACACGUUUGCUUGGAUCGUGACCGCUACUACCUGGGCCUCUCUCGUCGCACAGCAGGUGCUUGCUCUUGCCGUGCUGUAUCACCCCGACUACGUCAUCAAACAGUGGCAUACCUGGCUAGUGCUGCAGUUUGUGCUCAUCGUAGGCUUGCUCAUCAACGUCUUUGCCGUCAAGAUCAUGCCAGCUCUCGACAAGGUCGGCCUGUACACCUUCUUUGUCGGUUGUUUCGUUCUCAGCAUCACUGUUGCCGCAAGCGCACCCACGCAUCAGUCGGCCAAAUUCGUCUUCGUCGACAUCAUCAAUACCACCGGUUGGGGCUCGAACGGUCUCGUGUGGUGUCUGGGUCAGAUCGCCACCUCGGGAGCGUUCAUCCUCAUCGACUCUCCCAGUCAUCUCUCCGAAGAGACGAUCGAACCAGAGAAGAACGUGCCCAAGGCGAUGGUCUACUCGGUCCUCAUCGGUACAAUCACGGGUCUCUUCGUUACGCUCUGCUUCAUGUUCUCGAUUGUUGAUAUCGAUGGCGUCCUCGGCAGUGCGACCGGUGUACCUUACAUUCAGAUCAUCAAGAACGCGACCCGAUCCAACGGCGCGACCGUCGUGCUGUCCCUCUUCAUGAUCAUCCUCUCCAUGUAUGGUGCUGUCACGUCGAUCACCGUUGCAAGUCGAGUCGCCUGGGCAUUUGCACGAGACGGCGGUCUUCUACUGCCAAACACGUUCUCCAAGAUGUCGUCCAAGCUCCACGUGCCCGUUCAGUCUCUCAUCCUCUGCACCUUUGUCUCGAGCUGCAUCGGCGUCAUCUAUCUGGGUAGCAUUACGGCUUUCAACUCCUUCCUCUCUGCUCUCACCAUCCUCUUCUUUGCCUGCUACGCCAUGGUCAUCGGAGCUUUCAUGCUCAACAACCGCUACAUCGAGAAGAGGGGUCCCUACCGCCUUUCGUCGAUGGUCGGCUGGACGGUGAAUACCAUCGCGAUGAUCUACAUGCUCGUCUUUGGCGUCUUUUUCUGUUUUCCCUCUGUCUACCCUCCGGCAGCCGACACGAUGAACUGGUCCAGCGUGAUCCUCGUCGGAGUAGUCUUGCUUUCCUCUGUCGGCUACGUCACCUGGGGCAAGAACAGCUAUGCUGGACCCAGCGGUGCUGUGCUUGCCGAGCGAAUUGGCCAGAGCUCUUCCACAAAUGUUUAG